AUGGCGCAAGCAGCGAAUGAACACGAAGGCCCUCUUCAAGCAGAUGAUGCUGCGUCUUUGAGCCAUGAUUCUGCAUUGGCUGCUUCUCUUGAGUCAGGAAGUUAUCUGACUUCCCUCAACUCCAGCGUCCUGAACUACAAAUACGAAAAUGGACGACGAUAUCAUGCGUUCCGCGAAGGCGCAUACCUAGUUCCCAACGAUGACGAAGAACAAGAUAGAAUGGAUUUGGGCCAUCAUAUCUACCGUCUUGUCCUCGGUGGCGAUCUUUUCCUCGCGCCUAUCGGCGAUAAAGUCAAGCGAGUUCUUGACCUCGGCACGGGAACAGGAAUAUGGGCCAUGGAUUUCGCCGACGAGUAUCCCGAAGCCGAAGUCCUCGGCACCGAUCUAAGCCCAAUCCAACCCCCAUGGACCCCACCAAACUGCCUCUUCGAAGUCGAUGACUUCGAAUCAGACUGGCUCUUCCGCCAACCCUUCGACUUUAUACACGCACGUGAACUAGAAGGCUGCAUCAGCAACAACGCUCAAUUCUUCACCCGCGCUCUGCAGAGUCUCGCGCCUGGUGGAUAUCUCGAAAUGCAGGCUGUGCACUCUGAGUUCAAAUCUGACGAUAACACGAAAUAUAUGGCGAAAAAUGCGCUGCUUUGGAUGAAGACUAUGGUUGAGGGGUCUGCGAAGUUUGGGAAGCCGUUGAAUGUUGCGCCGGAGUGGAAGAAGGAGAUGGAGGAUGCUGGGUUUGUGGAUGUUGAGCAAAAGAUCCUCAAGGUUCCCAUUGGAUCUUGGCCUAGGGAUCCGAAGCUUAAAGAGAUUGGCAAGUUUCAGUCAGUGCAGGAAGCGCAGGUCAUUACGUCUUAUACGCCUGGUAUCUUCUCACGUGUUCUUGGGUGGAGUGAUGAGGAGAUUCAGGUGUUCAUGGCUAAGGUGAAGAAGGAUCUUUCUGACCCGAAUAUCCACCUUUAUCUUCCUGUUUACUUCAUCUGGGGAAGAAAGCCAGAGUAA